AUGGAGGUAUGGUUAACCAAAAAGAUUGGUGAUGAUGAGAGCGUGCCAUGGAGGUUGUUGUUUAGAGUGGAUUCAGGUUAUAAUAAUAAAAGUACGCUUAAUCAGCAUUUUAUGAGUUUCAUGGUGGAUGAGGAGAAUAAGGUAGCACUAUGUUUUCUUGACGAAUGCAUUGAAGAAAAUUGCGAUAACCAGAGAACCAUACUUUACGUUGUUGUCGAGGGUAGUAAAGUCAUCAGACUCAUAGGACCUCCAGACCCACAUUGGAAUCGUAAGCCGAUGCCUUAUCUCUUUAGUUACGUUCCAAGUUUGCUCCAAAUUUAA